GCUGGAUUGUGACGGAAGCUGGUCACAUUCCUUGGUCAUUCUUCAAGUUUUGGUGCCGAACAUGCCCGUGCUCGACGUGCAGCCCACCACAUUGCCGUUGGUCACGUGCCAGAUCUGCUUGGAUGCAGCGUGCGUCGUCGAGCAGCUCUGCGGCGCCAAGUGCCCCGCCGCCGUGUGCAACAGCUGCCUCCAGAGCUACGUGCAAGCGCACUCGGCGGCUGCGAUCAGCGGCGUCUUGACCAAGCUCGAUUGCCCGAUUUGCAUCACGCCACUGCCGCUGCCACGCUGGAAGGAACUUGUCGGCGACGACGCGCUUCAGCGCCUCGAGACUAAGGUCGCGGCGUCGUGCUCGACGCUGUGCCCCCAAUGCCACAACUUCUCCGUGCUCUUGCCGCCCACAGAAGACACGAACGACACGAACGACGACGCGACUGACCCAUGGAGCGAGGCGGGUCUGACCAAACUCCAGCCUCUUUGUACCGAGUACAACCGCCAUUUGCGCAGCGCCGCCGAGGUCUACGAGUCUGUCGUUGCCCUGUACGAGACUGACCAGCGCGACGCGAUGCUCACGCGGCUCUUGCCGCUCCUUCUGGAUGCCGAGCGCCGCGCGACGUUGUUCUUGCACUGGCGCCGCCAGCAACCGUUCGUGUUCACGCGCUGCUGCAACCAAGCCGUGUGUUUUGGCUGCCAGACCAAGGGCCACCACGACAACGUGGCGUGCAAGAGCGCAGCGCCAAUGGCCAACGACCUCGUCGAGUGCCCCGAGUGCCGCGUGCAGCUCGUGAAAGGCGACGGCUGCGACUCGAUCACGUGCUUUUGCGGCGCGUCGUUCAACUGGGUCGACCGGCUUCGGGCCUAUCGCCUCGCGACGCUCCUGCCAUCGCGCAAGCACAUUUUCAAGCGCGUUCUCUUCUUAUUUCGCGCCCGCCGCCAGAAGCGUCAGUACACGAUCUUUGUCGUGAGCCAGAUUCCGUCGUUUGUGCUGCAGCAAAAGCUGCUGUUUAUCACCUACAACUUUUUCUGCCCGAGCUGGCACCGCUUCCGCCGCUCGCUUCUCGUGCUUGUUCACCGGCGCCGCGCCAACCAUCUCGCACGGCAGCUCGCGCCAUAGCGGGUGCCAUCGUCUCUAGUCCAAUUGUCUUCUUAAUCCGUUAACCCUAUUGUCAUCUUGA